AUGAAAAAGAGGCAUGAGAACAGUGAAGAUUCAGCAGGGCAUUGUGAUUGCAAUUCAUAUAUGAACAGCAUGAGGAGUCGCGAAUUUGAGGAACUGGUUCUGAGAACCCCAAAAUCUGCUAAUGAUGGUACAAAAGUAACUGAGAGGAAUAACGGUAAUAUCAAUGAUGGCUUUUUUGAACACGUGAAAGCGGCAAAACGUACGACCCAACCAAAUAUCAAAAAGGAUUUUAAAGAAAGCAGUGCAAGCGCAAGAAAAAGAGGCAUGAGAACAGUGAAGAUUCAGCAAAGCAUUGUAGGUUGUAAUUCAUAUAUGAACAGCAUGAGAAAGCAGUACAAGCGCAUGAAAAAGAGGCAUGAGAAGAGUGAAUAUUCAGCAGAGCAUUGUGAUUGCAAUUCAUAUAUGAACAGCAUGAGAAAUCUACGACCUGUUGUGGUUGAAUCUUUUCCCACAUUAUUAUUAGGUAAAAUGAAGAAUCUGGACACGAGAAAGGAUUUCAUCUUCAGGUCAAAAAGAACACAACCUCUGGAGGUCGAGUACCAGGCCAGCAAGAAUCAAGAUGAGAUUUUAGGUAGCAAAUGCUUGAAUAUAGGAAAGUUCGGAAAUAAUGAAAAUAAGGCUUCAAGUAUCCCAUCCCCACCUCAUCUAGUGAACAGAAGGGAUAGCCAUCAAGUACAGAAGAAAACCACAGACAAGUACCCUAUACAAGAUGAGAAGUCACGAAUUUCUUCAAGCGGAAUGAGAACUGAUACUGAAGUAAGAAUCCAGAACAGAUCUACAUAA